AUGUUGACAAUCAAUUUUAACAGAUUCUAAAUGGAAUCAUAUAAUUCCAAACUAAUUUCUAUGGCAACACAGUUGUCCAUUUUGUAAACAAUCAUUUUCGAACGUGUGUUGCCAAGAUACAUCUAACCGACGUUCUAUGGAACGUUUUCUGUGCGAAAACAACAACUUGUGUUUGCUGCUGACAACAAACUGGAUUGAUUUUUCAGACCUGAGAACAAUCGACUGGAAAAUGCCUGGGUGCUUUUCAAGACUGGCGGAGAGAGUGCGUGGACGUCUGCGGCCUACUGCGUCGACAGGUUGUUCAAACUCAUUUGUGACUUGUUUUUCUUGUCUUUUUCUGUUUUGCAGGGUUCGUGAUCGUCGACAGAUGGACAGUGACAGCGACUUCGAAGAGGAAACAACUGUCCUGGAUGAGGUCCAGUUGGAUGUGCCAUUGGAUGAUGUACCAGAUGUUCCACAGCUGCCAGUCCUCCUUGAUGUCCAGAAUGCUGCUAUCAUCCUUGAGGAUGUGCCAGAUGUGCAGACUAUCUUUGAGGAGGCCACUGGCAAUUGGCAGUUGAUUCUGAUUAGGUUCAGCCCCCUGUACUGUGGGCCUGUUGUGAUCAGGAACAAUGCCGGUCCGGUGGUUAAAGCUUGGAGAACUUUCCAGUUUAUCAGCCCCAUCAUCACCUACAUGCGUGGGGGAUCCCAGCAGGUGGUGGUGAGGAUGCACCACGUGAGUAGGGUGAGAGGCCUGGAGACUCAACUGGUGUGGGCCAUCUCCAAGGAGACAGCCAGGCUUAGUCCAGAGGGCAUCCCCUACUGUGCCACCAAAGUGCAGUCCAUCACUUGGAUCCAGCGUGUGGCUGGCAGGGUGACCCACUAUGCGUCUCACCUCCGCCACGAGACGUCUGUGGACGUGACGCUUGGCUGCUACCAGCAGACUGAUGUCUCAGUGGUGUACACCACUCUCCACAUGGGGCUGAACGGGCUUCUCUCCUCUUCAGCGUGGUCGGAGGCUGCCUCCUUCUCUACGCCCACCACUCAGCACUUCACUGACCCAGAGCCUGAGGGCCACAACUGCUAUGAGAGCUGGGAGGAGGACCUGCUGCCUGAGGAGAGGGAGGUUCCUCUGCUAAACCUCUACCUUACCACCAAGAGAGUGGAGGACAUCGCCCUGAGGCUCAUCUCCCUGCGCCAGGCCUUCACUACCCUGCUUGGUUCCACCCUGAGCAGGAACCAUCUGUUUGUGGCGGGAAAGGUCCUCCUGGGCGCACUGGUUCAGGCCAACCACAUGGACGAGGCCAAGUUCAUAAGUACCUACAACGACUUUGUGGACUACCUGAGUGACCCCUCCAAGUGGAAUGACAUUGAGAUGGAGCUGGCUGAGGCAAAGAUCCAUCAUAUGAACAUGAUAGAUGUCCUCUUUGAGCUGGUGCUGUUUGGGAUGAUGACAGCUCAGAAGUCCCUGAUGGUGCAUCCUGGUGGGUUCGUGGAGCGUCUGUACGCUCUCCUGUACUCCUUCCUGCCCACUGCUGCCAACAUGGAGCCAGAGGCUGACAGAUACCUGCUGCAGCUCAGUACGCAGAUGCUGGACACGGAGACAUUCAAGCAGCACUUUGAGAGCAAGCAUCCCAAGUCCCCAAUGCCACCAGAGCUGGUUGAUGUUGAGGCUUAAAACGAUCACACACACGAUGGACCUUCAGCUGGGAUACACGAUUUGAACACUGCAACUUGUGUAAUGGCGUCAAGGGACAUAACACUGAGACCCCUGGACAUGGGUGGGGGAAUAUUUGUGUGACGACGUACAAUGGGGGCAGAAGCUCACCAGCACCCCAUCUUAUAUGUCCAACCACCCCUGAACGUCAGACUGUAUUGAAGCACCUCCAGGGGUGUAAAGUACUUAAGUAAAAAUACUUUAAAGUACUACUUAAGUUGUUUUUGGGGGUAUCUGUACUUUACUAUUUAUAGUUUUGACAAUUUUUACUUUAACUUCACUACAUUUCCAAGGAAAAUAAUGUUUCAGACAUCUGUGGCAUUGUGUUGUGACAAAACUGCACAUUUUAGUGGCCUUUUGUCCCCAGCAAAAGGUGCACCUGUGUAAUGAUCAUGCUGUUUAAUCAGCUUCUUUAUAUAGUGCACCUUUCAAUGUGGAUGGAUUAUCUUGGCAAUGGAGAAAUGCUCACUAAAAAACUUUUGA